CGAGGACAACGACUUUGGGGACAUUGGGUACAUGGACGAGAACGAGGAUGGUGUUGAUGUGGCGCCUGGAAUGUUAGAUAUUAGUCAACAUUUAAAUGCCUCGUCAGUCAGUGCAUCGUUGUCCGUUUCGUUUGGCAUGUCGAGCAGUUUGAAGUUUAGCGCCACGUGCAGCAAUAAAACUGCCUCCGAAUGGUCCAACUCAACGGGCGGCGAUGACGACGACGAUGAAGACGAUAAUGACAAUGAUGAUGUGGCAGACGAUAACGAUGAUGAUGAUGAUGAGGAACCGCAACAGCAACGUCGGCUCGUUGUGGUGAGAGCCACAGCGCGUCGAGAUAGAGAAUACAUCACUUAAAGCAGCGAACUGACGAACUCAACCCACGACGCUUUAUUUUCACAUUUCUAUUUCUAUAUAUUUUGUAUUUAUUAUUCUGUUUUGAUUGGUUUGUCAGCCUAAUUAGUGGUUCACUUCCUUUCAUUUAAUUUAAUUCAAUUAGAAUACUCAAGAUAUCCUGUGUGUGUUUUUUGAUGCUCGAUCAGAUCGAGCCGCCUAAAAAAGAGUGGCCUUAGUUUAAAUCGAUGAAGAAAGAUUUUAUUAUAUUAUUCCAAAGAAUCUUCUUGUUAUACAGAUUUUCUAUAUACAUUUUAGGAAUCAACGGCCUAUUGCCGUGUCCGAAUUCGAUUCGAAUGAUGCGGAAUCGAAAUUGGCAAAUAUCCAAACUCAAACAAUUAAUUAUUUGCUUUCAAAGGUGAAAUACCAGAUCCUAUAAAUAAAAGCGAAAUAGCUCAAUAGUUUCUGGGGAUUUAAAUCCAUUAGCAAAUUCGAGUUCACAUAAUUCAAUCAGAUUCGGAAACGGAAACAUGCCUCCAAUCUUUUUUAUAUGCAAAUUUUACAACAGGAACCUUCCCUUCCUCAAAAAAAAAAAAUAUAUAUAUAUAUAUAGAUUUAAAAAAAAGCUUAUUCAACUUUAGAGUCUACAUCUUUUCCAUUUAACAAUUAGUAGUGGUUAGUCUAGUUAUAUGUUGCAUAGUAAAACAAAUAUGAAGAAGAGGAACAUACCUAUAAAAAUGAUUGUGAAUUUUUCGACUGCCGGUCAGAAAAGGGCGUAACUUAAUAUGUAAACAAGAAUUAUUGUAAUAUGCGAAACUAAGCGUAAUAAUAAUAAUAUUAUAUAGUUAUAUGACGAUUUUAAAAA